AAUCGCAUUCUGGUUCGCCGGCUGGUCCAAGUCCCUGCUCGUAGGGCAUCGUUCACAGCCUUCUGUUGGUGUGGGUUUCUGCCCCCGUCGCUCCCACGUCCAAGUUCUCUGAUUCCACCGCGGCGCGGCGGGCUUUGGCAGUCGGUGAGGAGGGCGAAGGGUGAUCCCAUUGCCAUUUCCCAAUCCCAAAACCAUAGUCCGAUGAUGGGACUGGUUAGGCCGCAGUUCGUGCUGUUCGGGGAUUCCAUCACCGAGCAGUCUCUCAGGCCCGGCGGAUGGGGCGCCGCUCUCGCCGACACCUACUCCCGAAAGGUAGAUAUAAUUGUUAGAGGUUAUGGUGGGUAUAACACGAGUUGGGCUUUGUUUUUACUUAAUCAUCUCUUUCCUCUGAGCUGCCCAACACCUCCCGUUGCUGCAACUAUAUUUUUCGGCGCUAAUGAUGCAGCCCUCCUGGGAAGAUCAAGUCAACGACAACAUGUGCCUGUUGAAGAGUACAAGGAGAAUCUUAGAAAAAUUGUUGAUCAUCUAAAGGAAUGUUUAUCCAACAUGCUGGUGGUAUUAAUCACUCCACCUCCUGUCGAUGAGGAUGGGCGGAAAGAAUAUGCACGAUCUGUAUAUGGUGAGAAGGCUGCAACGCUGCCAGAAAGGACAAAUGAGAUGACUGGUGUCUAUGCAAGUCAGUGUGUUCACUUGGCUGAAGAGUUGCAUAUUCCUUGCAUUAACUUAUGGUCGCAGAUGCAAGAAACUCCAGGAUGGCAGAAAAAGUUCCUCAGUGAUGGCUUGCAUCUGACAGCAGAAGGCAAUAAUGUUGUUUACAAAGGAGUCUUGCAGGUAUUCAACAAUGCUCAUCUCUGUGCUGAAGAGAUGCCUUAUGAUUUCCCUCAUCAUUCUGAGAUUAAUGGGGAUCAACCUGAAAAGGCGUUUCAACAAAAAAGCUAAAUGUUCGCUCGCCUUUCCAUUCUGUGAACUUAGCUACUUUGAAACUCCUCAGCUCCUUACUGUGAGACAUUAUUGCCUAAAUUGCUUGAUUUCAUUGUUCUUGGUCACUAUAUUUCUUGGAAGUGCAUGAUAAUAUGUUUGACAUGCCCUUGGGCUUUGUGCCUCCGUCUUCUCCAUCAGAUGCUCUUAUUCUCUCUGGAGAUAGAAUAGGUGUAUAUUCAUGAUUUGCAGCCAUGCUAUGCUAAAUUACUGCCCCUGCUUUUCUGGACUU